AAGUGAUGCUAAGGGUGUCGACCCCAUCGAACGUGCCCUCCGCUGAAACCGGUGGCUCUAACAGCUUCUUCAGCCUGGACAAACGAAAGAAACAAGUCAAUCUAAUAGAUCCUUCAGCAUGUGGAGGAUCCACCGCUCCGGAAGACAGACGGGUCGGCGUCGCCGCUCCCAAGAUGUUCGCUUUUGAUGCCAUUUUUUCGCAGGACGACUCACAGACUGAAAUAUGUUCAAGUGCAUUGACUGAUGUAAUCCACGCCGUAAUAAAUGGGACGGACGGAUGCUUAUUCUGCUUUGGUCAUGCCGGCCUGGGUAAAUCGUAUACGAUGUUGGGAUCGCCGGAAAGCGGAAACACGCUGGGCAUAAUCCCCUGCGCCAUUUCCUGGCUGUUCAGAGGGAUCAAUGAGCAAAAACAGAAGACCGGUGCCCGAUUUUCGGUUCGCGUGUCCGCCGUCGAAGUUUGCGGCCCAACAAAUCAACUUCGCGACCUCCUGGCUGGACAUUCUAAUGAUUCUGAGCAGUCCCCGGGGGUUUAUUUGCGAGACGACCCUUUAUUUGGCAAUCAACCUCCGCACUGUGAACUUCGAGUGCCCACAGCUGAAAAGGCCGCACAUUACUUGGAUGCUGCCGUGGAAUGCCGAUCCCCGACACGUGAAGACGCCCGGGAUUCGCAUCUGUUGUUCACGCUUCACGUUUACCAAUACUCUGUGGCAGGAAAAGGCGGAGUCGCCGGCGGCAGGAGUCGUCUGCAUUUGAUCGACCUGGGGAAUUCGGAGCGAGGAAAAGCGAGCGGCGGAAUUCCGCUUUCCGGCCUGGGUAACAUUCUGCUGGCGAUUUUCAACGGCCAGAAGCAUCUGCCCUACAAAGAGCACAAGCUCACUCAUCUACUGAAGGACUGCCUAAGUUCACUCACAUGCCAUGCCGCGAUGAUUGCACACGUGUCUCCUUACGCCAACAACUACUCAGACACAUUGACAACCGUUCAGCUGGCUUCUAGGAUACAUCGCAUGCGACGGCGUCGGAUUAAAUUCGUUUCAGCAGGCACAGGAAACGGUUCCGGCGGUAGCUCAGGGGAAGAAGCCACGAGGACGACAGGCACGAGCAGUGAACCAGAUCCAUCAAGUAGCGAUUUAUCCGCAGACACUGUUAUUUACGUUGGUGCUGCAGACGACGCCACAGAUGGGGAACAUCCACCCGUAUAUAUACCGAGUUUAAACUCAGGUGACAACAGGUGCUCUAUGAGCAAAGCAUUGCGAGGCUCAAGUGCCGAACAACGACCCUCCAAAGUUCCCACAUUGCAAAAGUCAGAAGAGAAAACGCCAACUCAUCGUCCAUCUAUUAAAACAGCGUGCCAAACUAAUAAAACUUCACCGGGACACACGAAUAGUCCUAAGUCAUCCCCUGCACGAGCAUCCACCAACAAGAACAAGCAGCAACCCCUCGACCCACCAAAGCACGCCACUAAUGGGGCAAGCGACGAGCAAUGGAUCGACGGUCCACGAAUUUCUAAAUCUAAAGUCGCCGAAGCGCGACACUUCAUGAAGGAGCCGUGUCACGUUAAGAAGCGGGAAACUUGGAUAGAUGGUCCUAUGCAGGCUGAAGCCUCUACCGCCGGAUAUGGUUAUAUGGAUAAUCACAAGAAAAAUAUGAUUCGUAAAUGGGUCGAACACCAAACUUCACAAAUACAACGAACAAAAACUGUACAACCAAGAGUCCAAGAAAAAUCUAAGGAAUUAAAGGAAUUGACGCAAUUUAAAACAUACGACGAAGAAAUUCUAAAACCAAUAGAUACAAAGAAGCAUGAAAUGGUCGAAGAGUGUGUAAUCAGAACAGGAUUGAAAUUAACUAAAGCAAAUUCAGCUAUAAUUCCUGAAUGUCAAAGUCCCGAAGAACGUGAGGAUGUGAGACAAAUUGAAGACGAUGACGAUGAUGAGGAAGAACCUGAACCGGAACUACCUCCAGCGUUACCGUUAAUUCAACCACUGAGUUCUCGAGAGGUAAGUUUAGAGAGUUUAGAUCAGCUUCUCAAAGAACGUCAAAUCUAUAACGCCGAAUAUAAUAAUCAAAUACAGUCGAAUUACGAAGACACGUCGGCUCAUCAAAGUGACGAUGAUGAGGUUCUGGAAAUUAUAGAGGUCGAAGAACCUUUAGAACCCGUUCCCACUCAAGACUCUUGCUUACAAGUGACAGAAGAAGAUAUAGCAUUUUGUAUGGGAUACGCCGAAAAUCCAUUACCAGAAGUAGACCAAGAAAAUCCAUUAGAUCAUCCAUUGAGAAUUCUAAGCCAGGAGAAUUUGACAGUAGUCAGUACAUUCACCGACUCGAUGUCUGUGUACACUGAUUUGGAAAGAAUAUUGCCAAGGCACAAAUACGAUCAUAAAUAUGGUUUCUAUAAUGACGACUAUGAAGAUCCGGAUAAUCCAAGAUACGAUGAAACUUCACAAAAGAAAUUCGAUCAACUUGCGAGAUUACACGAAUUAUACACAAGCCGUUUGGCUAAAGCCAAUGUAACGAAUUCACAGACGUUUCAACAACAGAAACAAAACCAUAAGGUUUUGAGCAGAUGCGAAUCUCUUUCACUAACUGAUAUGCUCUAUGGCGCAAACGAUAAUAACAGCAUUUACAGUGAGCCGGCUUACAUACCGGAUCAAGAGAAAUUUUGCCAGAAUUGCCAAGUAAGUAUAUCACGUCCCGCAACUUCGCAGAAUUGGUACGCUGAUCCUCAUUUAUCUGCAAGUAGCAUGGAACUCUCCAAGCACCAAAAUCAACCGAUCAGUGGUAGAUUCCAGAGGUAUUGCCAUAAAAGCACAAAAGAUAUGAAUUUAGCAUACUUGCGCCAUCCGGAUGGAGCAUCGAAUCCCAAUUUACGAGAUGCGGUUGAAGAAAAACCACCCAUCAAUCUUCCAAUCACUAAAGAACCAAACUUUACGUUACCUCUGCCAAAUCUUCCAUUAACCGAGCAGGUCAACAACAGACGUAUGCUGAGCAUCGAAUCCGGUCUUGCCGCUAUUAAAUUGAAUCAGAAAUCAGAGGGUUAUGAUAGUGGUCACGAUUCGACGCCGAGAACUUCCAAGCACAGCCCAGCAGCAAUUUCUCGUAAAGCAGAAAGUGGAUAUGACAGUGUCAUUCGUGAUAGCGAGAGUUCCAGCAUAGAUUCAGACACCAGCCGACUAUCACAUAAUAGACGAGGAAAAUGCAAACACAAACAUGAAAAAUCGUUCUGUUCUUGGUUCCUAAAUCCGUUCACCUGCAAAUACAUCGAGGAACCGCCAGAAACGCACUUCUAAACCUUGACCAUCCAUCAUCAUCACACUAUUCCAUUCUAAUGAAAUCAUAUCAUGAAUAAAACAGGGUGAAACUAGUGUACUUUUUAAGCAGCACCGAGUUUAAAAAAAAACGAAUUCACUGUUUAUUUCGCCAAAUUCCGUAUUUUUUUUCUGUAUAUAUUGGAGAUAUUGGUGCUGCAUUUAAAUACACGUAGUUUUGUUUCUUUUCUAACAAAAAAAUUAAUAAUAUUUAAAAAAAAACUCAAUCACGCAGCCCUAACUUCUUAAGACUACUCUAAUACUCCGGGGAUCAACUGACAAAAUAAUAAUAUCUUGCCAAAACUUUAUACAUGUAAAACGAAAAUAAUAUUUAAUGAAGAAAAAUAAAUAACUAAGGACAUAAUUAAGACUGCUUGUCAAUUUUUUUGAUCUCAGUAUUUAUU